ACAAAACGACAUGAAUUACAGUAUUUACGGUUUUCACGAUCUGAUUAAGUAUGAGAAAUUUACUUAUUUUAUAUAUCAGUUUAUUUUUUGAUGAGGAAAACACAGUUUAUACAGAGCGAGGAUACAGUUUAUGCAGUGCCGAUCGAGCGCGUGAAAUGUUAUUUUAAAAAGUAACACACGUGGAUUAAUCACUGUAAAAACUAAAACUGUGCUUUCAGUUUUGCAUAUUUGCCAAUCCACAUCCUGCUUUGGGCUAUUUAAAUUAAACCAAAGCCUUUUAAAAUGGGGGCAUUGUCAAUAAAGCCAAUGAAAGACAAAGAGAAGCUGUCUUCACGGAUCGAAGAGAAGGACUGACUCACUGUGCAUAAUUUUCAUGACUCAGUAAUUUGAUUCAGUUUAAUCUCCAAUAUUCAAAUUUUUCACGUAACGCCACAGUGUUAGAUCUGACGGGAAUAUAACGAGGACUGUAAACAGUACGAUCAAAUUAGUUGGUUGCGUCGCAGACAUCAACUGAUUCAGCGCUUGGAAAUAGCGACCAUGUUAAACAGGCGAUUGUUAAAGGGAGUUUUUUUCAUCGCAGCGACCUACUCUGCAGCCUUUCUUGGCCCUUUGGUUGUAAUGGGCCCCACAUUAAUUCUGCUGUGGCUACGGCCAAGUUUGUUUCGUUGGGUUAAUGAUCGCCUUAUGGUCUGGUGGCUUGUGCUGCCAACGGCUCUGUUAGAGCUGAUGUUUGGAGUGAAGAUUGUUGUGACUGGCGACAAAGCACCCAAGGGUGAGAAUGCUGUCAUCAUCAUGAACCACAGAUGUCGCCUGGACUGGUUGUUCUUUUGGAGUGUUGUGGCUCGAUACGGCGAGCUAAAACACGAGAAGAUUAUAAUGAAACAUGAACUGAAACAUAUUCCUGGUCCAGGUUGGGCCAUGCAGAAUGCCUUGUAUAUUUUCUUGAAACGUCGCUGGGAACAAGACGAGAGCUAUCUUAAUUCAGUUCUUAGUUAUUUUGUGAAUUAUUCAGACUGUUUACAACUGCUUUUGUUUCCUGAGGGUACUAAUUUUGAAGAUGUAAGUAAACAAAAGAGUGAUUCUUUUGCAAAGAAAAACAAUCUUCCCUUCUAUGACUAUGUGCUACAUCCUCGUGUUCGUGGCUUUACCUACUGUGUAGAGAAACUGCGUCAAGGGAAACUUGAUGCUAUCCAUGAUGUUACUGUAGGCUAUUCUGAAAAUUAUUGCUUUGAAGAACUCGAUCUUCUUCGAGGAAAUGUACCAAGUGAAAUCCACUUUCAUAUUCAGCGUUUCUCUGAUGAGGAGCUUCCGCAAGACUCGCAAGGUCUUGAGGAAUGGUGUUGUAAUCAGUGGAAAGACAAAGAGGACAGAUUGAAAAGAUUUUAUACUGAGGGCAAGCAGUUUGGUGCCCCUUCUGAGUUGGCUCAGGGAAAACAGGAUGAAGUUGAAACAGCAGUCAGGUUUCUGUUUCUAAAAGGCCUCAUAUUCUGGCUGGUGUUUAGCAUCAGUGUCUCAUUUCUGAUGUACAUCUCGGCACUGGUAAGGUGGUAUGUCCUCCUGUUUGGAGCUGUGUUUACUUUGUUGUCACUUUGUGGCGGAACGGAUAAAAUAUUUCUUCAGCAAAGCCAGAAGCCUUUAAAUAUCAAGACCAAGUGAGGAAGGUGAAGAACAUGAACUAGGAAAUUUUAUCAGUUCCUUUAUUUUGAAUAAUUAUGCCCUUCACAGAGCAGUUUUCAAUUGAGCGUCGUAAAACCAAAACCAAACCAA